UGCGCUCUUGUUUACACAAAAGUUGGUGACGUCAUUCAUCACUGCAACGCGUCGAUAAAUACCCAAUUAGUUUGCAUAUUUUUGUACUUUUAAGUGAUAAAAUUUGUUGUCAGUAUAUUGUCAAUAUGUCAGAUGCUUCAGAAGAUCCAAAUCUUAAAGCUGGACACGCCCCUGCAGUCAAGGUUGGUGGGAUGCGUGUAACCACUCACAAGAAGCCUGAAAAACCAGAAGAAGAAAAACCGGCAGAAGAUGAAGCAGAGGAAUUUGAAGUGCCUGAGAAAGUGGACAAACAUCAUCAACAGAUAUUGCUAUCAGGAGCUGUAACCAAAGGGGACAAAGAUUUUCCAGAAGCAGCCGUCAAGGCAAUUCAUGAAAAACGUCCACUGCCUACGCAUGAUAAUAGACCAACCCACUCACCUCAGAAAAUAAUUCAGCAGCCAAGAAAAUAGUCCAGUCACAUGACUUGUUCAUUAAAUGGAAACCAUGGUGAUUUUGGUGCAUCCUGGAAUUGAAAAGACUUAAAAAGUUUGAAUUUUUGGUGGAAGGACAAUAUUGACUGUAAUUUUAGAAUAGAAGAAUAUUAAAUACCACUGGAAUGGUACUGGAGUUUGUUUGUAUGUUUAAUCAUAUUCUGUUUUGUAUCAAAUAAUGAAAAAAAAAUAUCAGGAAUUAUUCAAAUUUAAUGAUGCAUUUUAAGCUUUUCCAUUAUGUUGAUGCUUAUAAGAAGCUACCUUGCUCACCCAUGUUUCUGCAUUUAACACAAUCACGGUCUAGGGUUUGAUAUUUAUCUUUCUUACAACCUAAUGAAACCAUUCUCUUGCAUUUGACAGCCAUGAUUUCAGCAUACUGCCCUUGACCAUAUCAACUUUAUCCAAGAUUAUUACUGAGUUAUUUCACCUUUGAGAACUUCAAAACAAAACCAAAAAUAAAAAUAACCCUGGUGAUAGUUUAGCAUUGGAGGUUAAAUUCUACAUUUUUCUGCUGAAAGCAUUUACUGAAGUUUUCAAAAUAGAUAUAUCUUCUGGCGAUAAUUUGAUACAUAUUGGUCAUAACUGCAGCAUGAAACAAGUUAAUUAAAUCUUGUAGGGAAAAUUCCUAACAAAACAAUGUUACAAAAUAUUGAUUUUUCUAUAGCUAAUGUGGAGUACAACAAACUUUUGAUUAAACAAUUACACAGUGGAAAUAUCACUUUUAUACUUGUUAAUGAAAUGUUGGGGAGUCGUCGGUUAUUGGCUAAUGCUCUACAUGUAUGAUGGCUCAUUAUAUCCAAACAUAAUUUCGUAAAUGAAAAACUAUACUUGUUAAAGAAACUUUUACUGUCAAUGUGACAACUCCUGUUUAUUUUGAUGUCAUUAAAUGUUCUUUUUAUUGUUAUAGAAAUAAUUUGAGGUUAAAAUUUGCUGUUCAAAUUCAAUUGAAAAAGUAUGUGUUUUUAAAAAGAGCAAAAAGUAAUAUAAAUACAGUGCUCAUAAUUAUUUGGAAAAAGGUAAUGGAGAAAAAAGAACUUAUAACAAGCAUAGAAAAUCAUCAGUAUAUUAUAAUGUUGCAUUUUGUCAUCUACAGUCUUGUCCAUUGGUGAAAAGUAUGAACUCUAAUGAAAGAAAAUUGAAAUUAAUUGUUGAAUAACUGUCUAUAUAGCAAACAUUUUGUUCUGAAAUCAUUUGAGUCGCGCCAUGACAAAACCAACGUAAUGUUUUUGAGACCAGCAUGGAUCCUGAUCAGACUGCGCGGAUGCACAGGCUGGUCUGGACCCAUGGUUGUCGCAAACGCAUUAUGUUGGUUUUGUGAUGGCACAGCUCAUUUGCUUUUCAGUUAAUAAAUUGAUGAAUUAUCAAUAUGGUUAAAUAUUUUCAAAUCACAUGAUUUGAUAUUUUUUUAAGUUAGUGUAAAAUUAAACUUUCAAUCUUGUGCAAUCUUCAAAUAAAUGUUUUUACAAUG